CUUUCUGUGCUCUUCUUGUAUAGUCUGACAAGCGGGUUUGUUAUGUAGCAUUGGUGUCACAUUGCGAGCACCUAUUUGGCUCCUAAAUGUAGUUUUUGUAUGUUAUUGUUUUUAUUUGCCAACAUUAUCUUAAUGUCUCCUGCAGACACGUUCACUGUGCGUUGACCAAUUUCAGAACCUUUUUUUCCCGAGCUAAAUAACCAUUGACGCUAGCUUGAAAUGGACGAGUUAGCAGCAGCUUCGUCAAUCCAAGUUGACGGAAAAUAUACUUGAAGCAUUUUGUAACAUUUUUUGUAGUUGAGCAUGGCCGACAAAGGAGACAAACACAAACCCAGGCGGGAUUUGUCCUCCAAGAACAAAAAGAAAGGAAGCGCUCUCGCUGUCAACAAAACUCUCAUCACGUCGUUCUUCAGCAACCCGCCGCCGCCAAAACUGUCUUGCCCGCUUUGCGGUCAGAUGGUUCUCAGAUUUGGCAUCAACGAGCACAUUGAUUUGCAGUGCAAGAACUUUGAGAGAGGAGACCAUGUUGCCUCAUCAGAAAAUAAGACUGCCGUGUCACCCAGCAGAAACUCCCCCAAGUCCUCCCAGCGAGAUCCGGAGCAGGAGGACGAAACCAGGACAAGUCCUUAUUUCAAGUCGAGAACCUCUCCGAACCCGACUCGGGAAAUAAGCAACAAGAUUGUAGUCAGAACACUCAACCUAGGAAGUCUCUCCAAUAAGUUAUCUAGAACUUGCCAAACGACAAUUGAUACCACACACUCAAAUGUUAAAGAUGGAUGUUCUGAUCUUAAAGACUCUUUGGAUGAUGUGAGCAACUCACAGAAAGAAAAUAUUGACAGCCAGGCUUCGGGAAGCAACGGACACUCAAUGAGAGAAAGCGAGUUGACAACAACCGAUGUUGACCCAAGUAUAACAGCAACAAGUUUGGAAAAUGAUCCAAAACAAGAGACAGGGUCAAAUGCGUUACUCUCCUCUUCCUCCAAACAAGUUAAGCGAAAGAAGGAGACACCUGACACUGGUAGGGUGUCUAGUAUAAUAAAGAAACAAAAACACGGGGGAACCAGCUCGGUGGAAACAUUUUCUGGGAAAAAUGCACAAGAAAAAGUAAAACUCAAGACUGAGGUGCUCUCUACCAUUGAUCAUGAGCCCCUUUCAAGCUCAGACAAGUCCUCUCAUACUAGCAGCGAUUUACAGGUGGAUAGUGUGGCUGAGAAAAGCAUCAGGAACCAGACAGACGACACAUCACCCCCACAAAGGCUGCCCUAUUACCUACGCAAUUUCCAGACCGUUCUUCAGGCCGUGCUGGAGAACGAAGACGACAGAGCCCUGUUUGAUCAGGAUGACCUGAUGCUGGUGCAAACCUUUGAGAAGCUCUCACUCAUGGGACAGAAGUUGUACGUGAGACUGUUUCAGCGGAAACUGAAGUGGCUUCAAGUGGAUAAACUGAAUUAUGAGGAAAUAUCCAGUGAUUUGGGACUUGUUACUCGGGAGCUGGUCCAGGGUGGUCUUCUGGAGACAGAGAAAGACCUAAGCGAUGUAGAAGAAGUUCUAGAUCUCUUGCCUGCCCCUGAGCUCAAAGCACUGGCAAAGACAUUUCAUCUGGGCAAUUGUGGAACUCAAAAACAGCAGCUCGUCGAUGGGCUUCUCCGGCUGAGCAAGCAGAAGUCACUCUUCUCGCUGAGCCAGCCUCAAAACAACAUCAGGGCUGUCAUCUUGAAAAGAGCAAAGCAGCUUGCAGGUUCCUGUGUGCGUCUGCACCGCGGUCCUCGGGCUGUCUUCUCUCGCAUCCUUCUGCUCUUCUCUCUGACCGACACUAUGGAUGAGGAGGAGACAGCAGCAGGUGGACAAAGCCAGCUUUAUACCAUCCUGCUGGUCAACACGGGGCGCCUGGCCUUCCCAGAUUACGUAGUGCAGCGCGUGGCAAAGGUCUUCCAGGACAGAGACGACCUCAUUAGAUAUGAAGCAUCCAUGCGAGCAUUGCAGGAGGUGACCUUGACGAUGCAGGCAGGUCACUGGGAAGAGGCUAUGGACCUUUAUACUAAAGCCAAGAAUGAGUGGGAGGACCUAAAAAUGAGCUACGAUCUCAGUCAUCAAGAGGAGCUCCCAGUGUUCCUGCGCAGCUUCACCACAGGAUGGGCUUACACUCGUAUAUUAUCAAGAGGUGUGGAGAUCUUACAGAGACUGCGUCGAUAUGAGGAGGCUGUCGAUGAGUUGCAGUCCUUGCUUCUCCAGGAUGUGUACUGCCCAGACAGUAGAGGGCGCUGGUGGGACAGACUGGCACUGAACCUUCAACAACACCUCAAAAAACCUGAAGAAGCCAUCUGUGCUAUCAGAGACGGUUUGUCUGACCCCUUAGUGCGAACAGGACAUAAGUUGUCCCUCUACCAGAGAGCUUUUCGGAUGAGAGAGUCUGCCAGCUUCAAGAAGUACCAUCUGCUGCUCAGCGAGCUCCCCACUUUCGAUGUCCAGGAUGUCAGACAUGUGACCAUCCGAGGACAGCUUUUUCCCCAUGAAGGGGGCAAAGGGAAAUCACGGUUUCUAGUACCGUCAAAUGUGGACGAUUGUACUGAUGGCACCGUAAUAUGCUCCGUGGAAGAUCUGUCUUUAGCUCAUUACCGCCAGCAAGGCUUUGACCAAGGAAUCCAUGGAGAAGGAUCAACAUUCUCAACACUAUUCGCCCUUCUGUUGUGGGACAUCAUUUUUAUGGAUGGAAUACCAGAUGUUUUCCGAACUUUGUAUCAGGCAUAUCCCCUGGAUUUUUACACUGACUGUUUCUAUGAGAACCGACGAGAGGCAGUGGAUUCCCGUGUAGAUUUACUUAGUAAAGCUUCGGUAGAAACCUUGCACGCCAUGAUGGAGGAUAUUUGGAAUUCCCAAGAGGGCAAAGUGUGUUCUUGUGCCAACUGGGAGCUAUUCUCUUCACUUAGACAAGCCCAGUCUCUUGUGUCAUGCAUGGGCGGAGCCUUCUUAGCAGGCGUAAUAAUACGGAUGGCGAAAGACUUCAGACACUGUCGUGGAGGUUUGCCGGACCUUGUUGUGUGGAACACAUCCAAUAAAAUCUACAAGCUGGUGGAGGUGAAGGGGCCGAAUGACCGUCUGUCCCAGAAGCAACAGAUCUGGUUGGAUGAGCUCCAAAAACUGGGUGCUGACGUGGAGGUGUGUCAUGUGGUGGCCACUGGAGCCAAAGGAUCUCGUGUGGAAUAAAAGAGAAAUAAAUGACCAAAGUGAUAAAGACACAGUCAGAAACUGAAUUAAAAUGCUUCAAUUGCUUUUUCGGUUCUGUUCAUCUCAGCUCCAGGGAAUGAAUUGCAGAGUGAAAGUGGAGUAUAAUAUGCUACAUAUUUCCUUUGUUUAUCUCGAAAACUCUCACAAAAGCUUUCAGAUCAAAAUAAUCACAGCUCACACCGAGCUCAUUGUGUUAUUUUUUUCUCUGACACUGCGGCCUAGAUUUUCUAUCUUAAAACAAAUGACAAUGACGACUUGAUGAUGACUAUUGUUUUUUCUAUGUCAUACUCGUCUCAAUGAAAAAUAUAUUAAUACAAUGAGGUCUGUCAGAGAAGUUCCAGAACUGCCACAAAAGAUGUAUUUCAAAUCCGAACUGCAAGUUUUCCGUUUCGAAGUAAUCCCCCUUGGAGUGAUAGAUGCUCUCCCAUCCUUCUCUGCCACGCCUUCAUGCACACUUGGAAGAAUUCUUCAGGAUCCUCUGCAGUUCUGUCGUCGGGGCAAUCUUGUUAUGUGGAGCUUCAAAAGGGGUCCCCUUGAGCUUUUCAAAGAGGAAAACAUAACACGGAGCCAGGUCGUGUGAGUACAGCGACUGCUCCAGCACAGCCAUGUUUUUCUUAGCAAGGAACUGUUGUGCAUAGGCGCGUAAUUAUGCUUUUCUCAUGCACUGAUGAAAAGAAACACCACAGGAUUUAUGUAGAUCUGCAGGUUGAUUGUCUGUCCCAUGUCGGUUUUCUGCAGUCCCCCCCAAGUGGCCAAAGUGGACACCCCAGAAUGCCAAUGUAGAUUGUAUUGAAUGAUAUAAUAAGUGACACAAAAAAAGUUGAAUUCUAUUUAUGCAAUUCCUGUGCUUUGACAAAUGAUAUCAUAAAGUGUCGUUGAAGUGGGGAAAGGUGAUUUGAGAUGCAAGUUAUUGAGUUAUGAGCAUCGUCAAGGAAUGAAUUAAAGAUGUAUAUCAAGGCACUAAUGUACACAAA